UUUUGUUUCGGUAAUCUGGCAUAAUAAUUAUUUGAAUAAAAGAAAUUAUUAGAUAUAUAGUAAUGGUUUUAGCGUCGAACUAUUUUCUUGGACUAUUUUUUAUAAGUAAUUUAAUAAGUGUCGACUAACAUCUACUUGAAACACGUUUUUAUUAGAUUAAUUAUAGCAGCAAUUUUUGCCAUUUCAUUUCCUUCCAAGAAUUAUUAAUAAUUAUUACUUGACAAAAACAAAUUUUAAUUGAAUUCAAGACCUUAUUAUAUCAAAUGUCAUCUAGGACGUGUUGGUAUCUCUGGCUCUAUAUUGACCAAUUACGUGCACUCACAAAAAAUCGCUACACUGCACCCGUCCCCGUCCUUUUUAUCGAUAAAUAUUUGUUUAAAGAGGUGACUGCAAUAAAAAUGCGAGCGUGUCUCUGGGUAGGCCGCACUACCACAGCCAUUCAUUCGUUUGAUGACUUCAUUUGGACGCGCGAACUGAGUGCUUGCGAUAAUGCGCUAUUGUUUACCCUUCGAUAGUGCGCCUUCCACUGCACGCGCCACACUGCGCCAGAAAGAGACAGAUAUCAAUGCUACAGCUCCGACCCGCCGCAAGCGUUCCGCUGCUCGCUUCCCGUCACUGUCCCCCCUAUGCGCACCGCUUACGCGCGAGCGUAACAGAAACAUCACUCGUAAAAACAGGUAGUAGAAGAAAUAAUAAUCAUCUUUACGACUUCUCACUCUAUUCAGCACCUUGUUACGAUACUGCGCGCUCAUUGUGGCACGGUCGAGGAGUGGUUGUAAAAUCUUUUCUUUACUCGCCCGUUUCACUAAUUGUACGUUUAUGAGUUUACGACUUUUGCGGCUUAACUUUUCAGUUAUAGUCAUUAUUGGGGUUUUGUCGAUGCUUUUUUUUAUUUAUUGUAUUGCGUGGGACGAGCUAACCACUUAAGUCCUACCGUUGCACAACUGUAAGAGGUUGACACUUUAUGAUUUAUGGUUUUCAGCUUAUACCAGCAGGUUGCAGUUCCUUUCUUAAAAGUUCCAAUGAUUGACUUAAUACAUACUUACACUUCGUUUGGUAAAUAGUUGAUAGGUAUAUUUACUUAGGUAAUUUAAAUUAUUAAAGACUUCUUAUAUUAAUCACAUUAGGUAUGGCCCACGUGCUUCAGGAGGAGUGAUAAGAAAGGGAAAAGAGAGCGUAACUGAUAAUAUUUAUAGUCAUUAGCGAAAAGGGGACGGAACAAUCGUCGGUGUUGCGAUCGCAGGCAGCGCGCGGGGCGGCGCGCGUGGCUCGCUCUCAGUAGAUUGCGUGAGCCGAGCCGCGCCGGUCGCACACGGCACAUAGUCGCGCGCUCCCGCCACACGCGACCAACAAACUUCGCUCGCGACACACUCGUCUGCGUCUCACAGAUCGCGAACUGAAAAAUUUAAGAAAAAAAAUCACAACACUCGGCACCUUGUGCGAGCACUGUGAGACGAGCCGGCGCCGCACAUAACCGCUUAAAAAGUCGUAAAACCCGCGGCACGCGCUCCCAAGUCGUAAAAUAAUCGUAAAAAGUAAACACACGUCAACUGGCCUUUAUCGUCAACGAAGCCCAUUAUGACGCUCGAGUGACGUUUAAGAGGCAAUAAAAUUAAUAAAAUUAAAUUACAUUGUCCGUAUUUGGAGUGACAUUGGCGGAGGUCGCGUUAUCACGGCGCGUGGGGCCGCGAUGACAUAAGUGUUCCCUAACUGAGUGACGUUAGUGUCGGUGACUGAUCAGAAUGAACUCCUAUUUCGAGCAGGGUGGUUUUUACGGGGCGCAUGGGGUACACCAGGGUGGUGGCGGCGGUGACCAGUACCGCGGCUUCCCACUGGGCCUGACCUACGCCCAGCCCCAUGCCCUGCACCAGCCGAGACCCCAGGACUCGCCGUACGAUGCCUCAGUGGCGGCCGCAUGCAAGUUAUACGCGGGAGAGCAGCAAUACGCGAAGGCGGACUGCUCCAAGCCAGGCGGCGAACAACAGAAUGGGUACGGAGGCAAAGAGGCUUGGGGCUCUGGUCUGGGGGCCCUCGUGAGGCCGGCAGCUUGCACUCCUGAGGCGCGGUACAGCGAGUCCUCGAGUCCGGGCCGAGCCCUCCCCUGGGGCCAGCAGUGCGCCCUGCCCGGCGCCGCCACCGCAGCCACACAGCCCGUACAACAUCAGCCCACCAAUCACACCUUCUACCCCUGGAUGGCCAUAGCAGGAGCGAACGGCCUCAGAAGACGAGGAAGACAAACGUACACUAGAUAUCAAACGCUAGAGUUAGAGAAAGAGUUCCACACAAACCACUACCUCACACGGAGGAGACGCAUCGAAAUGGCGCACGCUCUCUGUUUGACGGAGCGGCAAAUCAAAAUAUGGUUCCAGAAUCGAAGGAUGAAAUUAAAGAAAGAGAUUCAGGCUAUAAAGGAGUUGAAUGAGCAGGAGAAGCAGGCGCAAGCGCAGAAGGCGGCGGCGGCAGCGGCGGCGGCCGCGGCCGCUGCGCAGGGCCAUCCCGAACACUAAGUUGCGCGCGCGCACCGCCUUGUCCAGUGAUACUAUCGCAGGCCGCCGAACACUCUAUAGCAUUGUGGUUUUUUUUUUGUAAAUUGUUUGUAAUUAUUUUCUCGUUAUUUAAGUGUUGUUCGGUUGUUGUGAUUAUUUUUAAAUUAAUUUUUAACUAGACGCAAUGUUUUCUCAAAACGAAUGAUGGAACAAUAAACUGUUGAAUGCUAGACUAGAAACGGGUCGUAUUAUUUUGUGUUUCGGGUUUUGUUUUUGUUGAUUUAUUGAUUUUUUAUAUACUUUUAUAUUUUAAUCCGCGUAAUCGUCGAAGAUGUUCGCGUUUGGAAACCAGUGCAAUUUGUAGAAAUCUCUUCCGUGUAACAUAGUGUAGGUGUAUCGUAGUGCGUUUUACUUUAUGUGCGAUCGUAGCGCUCCUGCUCGGCAGCGUCGGCGUCACGAACUAUAUUACAUUGUACAAAUUUAAUAUGCCUACCAAAGAGACCCGGUCUCGUACCCUUAAAGCUAAGUAAAUAAAGAGUCGUAAGUUAAAUUAAUUAUCCGCUAUCGUAAUAUCGGACAGUGUGAAACAGAAUAACCUUCCGCGCCAUCUAAUUCUUCAAUACUCUCGCAUAAGUAUAGUGUAAACGUGAUCGUGUUCCUGCAGUUUUAAUAGUCGGUGAAGUUAAACAAAUUGCCAUAAAUAUAAGUAGUUAUUAUUUAGCCAGUAGCGGUGUAAAUAGUUAGGGUUACGUCUGUAAUGAUGGAAGUGAGCGGUUCGCGAUUGCGCCGGCGCCGUGGAAUGGGCAGAAAAAGCUCGUCGGCGAGUGCGGGGCGAGCGGCGCGGCUGCGGGGCGGCUGCGGGGCGAC